AUCCUACCAGGCAAAUUUUCUAUUUAAAAAAACCAUUAUUUUUCUCUGCUAAAUAAACAUUCAUUUCAUCAUCAAUUUAGCAAGAUUGCUAAAUUUCAUUACAUUAUAUUUUUCAAGAAAUGUCAGUAAAUAAUAAAGGUAACUACGGCGCCGGAAAACUCAUCCUCCUCCUCCUCAACUGCGCUCUCCUAGCGAUCGGCAACUGCGGCGGCCCGUUAACCAUGCGCCUCUACUUCCUCCGCGGCGGCAAGCGGAUAUGGUUCUCCAGCUGGAUCAACACCGGCGGCUGGCCGGUCACGUUCCUCCCACUCGCCGCCGCGUACUUCCACCGCCGCCGACGCGCCGCCACCGCCAAGCGCGUCCUCAUGACGCGCCGCCUAUUCGGCGCGUCCGCCGCCAUCGGCGUGAUCAACGGCCUCGAUUCCUACCUCUACGCCUACGGCAUGGCGAAGCUCCCCGUCUCCACCCAGUCGCUCAUCUACGCCACCCAGCUCGCCUUCACCGCCGCCUUCGCUUUCCUCCUCGUCCGCCAGCGCUUCACGGCGUUCACCCUCGCCGCCGUCGCGCUUCUCACCGCCGGCGCCGGGAUCCUCGCCGACGGCGCCGGCCGGCCCGCCGGCGAGGCGAGUAGAGAGUAUAUUAUCGGGUUUGUUGUGACGGUUUUGGCGGCGGCGCUUUACGGGUUUAUUCUGCCGUUGAUUGAGUUGACUUACGUGAAGGCGAGGCAGGCGAUCACGUAUAGUUUGGUUCUGGAGAUUCAGGUGGUGAUGUGUUUCUUCUCCACCGCGUUUUGUACGGCGGGGAUGCUGGUCAACAAGGAUUUCCAGGCGAUCCCGAGGGAGGCAAGAGAGUUUGAACUGGGUAAAUAUAAGUACUAUAUUGUGGUAGCAUGCAGCGCCGUGGUUUGGCAAUUCUUCUUCAUCGGCGCCGUCGGGGUCAUCUGCUACGGCUCCUCGUUGUGGUCGGGCGUUAUAGUCGCCGCCACCCUUUCCGUCACCGAGGUAUUCGCCGUCGUCUUCUACGGCGAGAAGUUCCAAAUCCAAAAGGCCAUUUCUCUUGCCCUUUCCCUUUUCGGAUUUAUUGCCUACUUCUAUGGGGAAAUGAAAAGUAGCAGCAACAAAGAUCAGGACCUUCAAAUUCCAAUUCCGGAAAAUAUAUGAGAUUAGACUAUGUGUAAAUUGUACAUUUUAAAACAAAUAAAUGUGUAUUAUUAUGCCAAAGGUCUUGUGGGCAUAGUUGUGUAGCUUUUCAACUAAUAUUAGUAUAUUACAUAAUCACUAUUAUUUGGGAAAUUUUAACUUAAAAUGUCAUUUAAAGUGUCA